CUCAGGCGCCAUUAGGACGCCUAAACGAAGGACCCCAAACACAGACUCAGCGAAGUAGCGCUUAGCGUUAGCCCGCCAGUCCACUGUUAUAACAGUUUUUUUUACACGGACAGGCGUCACAGUUGGCUCGGUUUUGUCGGAACCAUGAGUCUGUCUCCGGCGGUCACAACUUUGUGCGAAAACUCCACGGAGGUUUUCCUGGACGCCGCCAAACUGCUGCUCACCUACGCCGAUAAUAUUCUGAGGUACCCAAACGUGGAGAAGUACAGAUCCAUCCGGAUAGGUAAUCCCACUUUCUCCACCAAGCUGCUUCCCAUCAAAGGAGCUGUGGAAUGUCUCUUUGAGAUGGGCUUUGAGGAGGCUGAGACUCACCUGGUUUUCCCCAAGGCGGCGUCAGUGGAGCAGCUGAGGCUCGUGAGAGAGUCCAUAGCAGCAGAACGUGAUGAGAGGCUAAAGGGGGGGUGUUCUGUUCCACCUGCUGCACAGCAAGUUGCUUCAGUGCAGCAGAGCCCAACUGCAGCUGUUCCUACUGCAGCUCCUGCAACUACUCCCCCGGCAGGCGCCUCUGGCCAGCCGGCAGAGUUCUCUGCACAGCAGCCGUCGUCUCUGGAGAGCAGCAUGGGCUUCUUCCUGAUCCUUCAGUCCAACUUUCAGCACGUGCUGCAGUAUGAGAGCCCGGAGCUGCAGCAGAAAGCUCGCAGCGUGAUUCCUCAUCAGGAGCUAGCGGACGCUGCCGAACGCGGGCUGAAGCAGGCCAGAGAGGCCGACCCAGGAUGCAAGCUGGGAGCAGAAGAUUUCCUGGUGCUGGAGCUGCUCCGCUGGUUCAAACUGGACUUCUUCUCCUGGGUGGACUCUCUGCCUUGUAGCCGCUGCGGAGGCCCCACCCAGAACGCCGGCUCCCUCAGUCCCAGCUCCGAUGACCUCCACUGGGGGGCUCAACGAGUGGAAAAUCAUUUCUGCCAACCCUGUCAACUCUCUACCAGAUUCCCCAGAUACAACAACCCUGAGAAGCUGCUGCAGACCAGGAGAGGGCGCUGUGGAGAAUGGGCCAACUGCUUCACGUUGUGCUGCAGAGCCAUGGGUCUGGAGGCCAGGUACAUCUGGGACAGCACAGAUCACGUGUGGACGGAGGUGUACUCGACAGCUCAGCGCCGCUGGCUGCACUGCGACUCCUGCGAGAACACCUGCGACAAGCCGCUGCUGUAUGAGGUGGGCUGGGGGAAGAAGCUGGCCUACAUCCUGGCUUUCUCCAAGGACCAGGUGGUGGACGUGACGUGGAGGUAUUCCUGCAAACACACAGAAGUUCUGAGCAGAAGAACCAGAGUCCAGGAGGCCUGGCUGCUGCACGCCAUUGAUGGUCUCAAUGCCUCGAGGCAGCAGCCUCUGAGUUCAGACAGGAAGAAGGAGCUGACCCAAAGGCUUCUGGUGGAGCUGGUGGAGUUUAUUUCUCCUAAGAAACCCAAACCAGGAGAGCUGGGGGGGCGCAACUCUGGCUCUCUGGCCUGGAGGGCUGCUCGGGGGGAGACGGGAGCGCAGGCUUCAACGCAAGCUGCAGGUUUCGUCUUCUCCCCCACUGAGACGGAAAAGGAGAACCGGCUGCUUCAUGUGCGCUACAGCGCCACCAAGGACCAGUACUGUAGAGUAUCUAACAGCAAUGAGACCAUCCCCAGGUGGGAUGGGUGCGUCUGGACUACAGAGUCCGUAUUCAGGAAGGAGGAGCAUGACUGGAAUAUGGUGUACAUCGCUCGGACGGAAGGCUCGUCUGUCGGCAGGGUCAGUUGGAAGUUCGACUUCGCUCCGGCAGGAAUGACAAUCCGGUCCGUCUCCAUCAAGGUCAGCAGUGAGACCUUCCACUCUGGGAAAGUGAGGUGGCACAUCCAGGCAGGCCACAAAAGCCAAGACGUUCCUGGAGAUGGAACGUUGCAGGAGCUGCCUGAUCUGCGCGGCUCUUCGGAUCUUCUAGUAGCAGCAGAACUGAGCGGAGGAGACGGGGACUCCUCCUGGCAGCAUGCUCAGCUCUUCAGACAAAGUUUUAAAGGCGAAGAGGAGUCUUCUUUUGAAGUAAUCAUCUCACUGCAGGAAGACUCCUGAGGACAACUCGGUGGGGGCUGGAAAACUCCCGGAUGUGUCCUCUAGGAUCAGAAGUUGUGAAAUACCUCUGCUUUUGUUUCGGACACAUUUAAACUCUGAUCUAAACGGAUCGAGAUGUUCUUGAUUCAGUUAAUUUAGUCACUUUAAGAUAUUCUACUCUGAAAAAGGAUCAAUAUUAACUCUGAAAUGGAGAGUGGUGGAGGGGUGUUCGUCCUGGAAAGACAGGUGGAACAUUAACUCGCAGGAGCAGCAGCCCUUCAUAUGAAGCUUCGUGGCUGUAACUGCUGUUACACAGCUGACCAAUGGGUGGGUCUCACAGAUCAAGCCCCGCCCCGGCGCUGCUCGUUACAGCCACACCCACAGUUCAUGAUGGAAGGCCUUCCUGCUGUCUGCGGAUUGAUUUCAUCUGGAAAUUAUGUUUCUGUCUUUGUGAAUUUCUGAUAAACGAACCUCUUUGUGCUGGCAGGGGGCGGAGCUAAACUCCACAAAAGUGGGGCGUAAACAUACCUGUCAAAUAAAAAUGUUGAAUUAGUUUUUA